CGUGCGCGGUGCUGUGUUUUAAAUCAGAUCCACGUGUAAAAAUGACAACAAACGCUUCAGAUCCCGGUAAAAACGACAUUUUCAAGAUAUUUCGGGACCGUUUCUUCUCCAUGGGCCGUAUAGCGUCUUAUCCUUGGGCCUUUGUAGAAAAGGAACUCAUCAGCAGUAACUCCACAGAAGUGAUUUCACAAAUACUGAAUCAGACGUGUUGUCAUCCGUUGUGCUCAGACUUCCCGCCCUCGGCCCAAUACAGGAGACUCUUCCUCUCUGAGCUCAUCAAACAGGAGCAGGAGGCUUCACACUGUGACCCCUCAGACCGACUCUACGACGCUCUGGCUCAGGUCAUUGGUGCCGCGGAGACGUCGCACUGCUACAAGUCUUACUUCCUGCCAGGUGGGGGUGCUGUGACGCUGCAGGAGAACGUUGCUGUGAUUUCGGAGGGCACCACGGGGCUAGUCACAUGGGAGGCGGCGCUGCACCUGGCAGAAUGGGCUCUGGAAAACCAACAGUAUUUCACCAACAGGUCCGUUUUGGAGCUGGGCAGUGGAGCCGGCUUCACCGGGAUCACCAUCUGCUGCUCUUUGGCUCCCUCUAGCUUCAUCUUCAGUGAUUGUCACCCAAAGGUGCUUCACAAACUCAGUGAGAACAUCGCUCUAAACCAACUGGACCCACAGGUGGUGCAGGUGGAGGAGUUGGACUGGUCGUGUGUGACAGAGGAGCAGCUCAGAGCCGUCGGAGCAGACACGGUGAUGGCGGCAGAUGUGGUGUAUGACCCGGUCGUCGUGGAAAUGCUGGUGUCACUUCUCUGUCGGAUCUUCGCUAUUUCGAGUCCCGACGUUUUCAUCUGCUCCACCGUUAGGAACACAGACACCUACAGAGGCUUUGUGCAGAGGCUGGAACACGUCGGGAUCCUUCAUGAGGUUUUGUCUGGACCUGUCAGAAGAAUAUUUCCCUACAACAGAGAAUCUCAAAUAGAAAUAAUCAAACUGUAUAAAAAAUAAAAUGUAUAAUGUCAAAGU